AGAAACCUCGACCGGGUAAGCAUAGGCAUACUAGAACACACACAGGCACACGCAUACACCGAAAGACACACAGCUAGACCAGCACACACGUUCCCUCUCUGUGACAUAUUCCCCGCCCCUCUGCACUUCCCGAAGAGGGGUGUGUGAAUUGUCUGUUUGUCCGUGUGUGUGUGCGUGUUUGUGUGCGUGUGCGUGUGUGUGUGUGUGUGCGUGUGUGUGUGUGUGUGUGUGUGUGUGUGUGUGUGUGUGUGUGUGUGUAUGAACCUCAGCCUAGGUGCUGCCUGGGAACCGGGUUCGGACCAGAGCCGGUGCCGGAGCCGGAGCCGGAGCCGGGGCGGGACCCCGAGCCCGUGUCCACGCUUCUAUCCCGAGCCUCUCUGAUUUCCCCCCGCGGCGCGGAUGCCCCAUGUUCACGGAGCUGAGGUCCAAGCUGAGCCCUCCGAGAGGCCGCGCUGGGGCGGUGAGGACGAGCUUCGGGGAUCGCAGAGAUGUGGACGCUGCUGCACAUUUCAGCUUCUGCCGGAGUCUUUUGGAGCACACUGUGUCUGCUGAGAACCUUCCCUGCCGGCUCCAGCGGGCACCGGGCUCCAGCCUCACUUGGCAUGAUAGUCGGAGCCAACGAGCUGCUGGGGGCAGGACAGUCAAGCUCCUGCAGCAGCCUGGCACUGAAACACAGCAGGAAGUCCUUCCUUGGGUCUAUCCAGCACCCUUCCUGCUACAGGGCCGGCACUAUGACCACUAUGGGUUCUACCACACCAGCCCCACACUGGGUGGCCUGAUGCGGCCAGUGGUCCUGUGGAGCCAGCAGGAUGUCUGCAAGUGGUUGAAGAAGCACUGUCCCCACAACUACCUCAUCUACGUGGAAGCCUUCUCCCACCAUGCCAUCACUGGUCGGGCACUGCUGAGGCUGAAUGCAGAAAAGCUUCAGCGUAUGGGGCUGCUCCAGGAGGCCCAGAGGCAAGAGGUGCUGCAGCAGGUCCUGCAGCUGCAGGUACGGGAAGAAGUCCGGAACCUGCACCUGCUGAGCCAAGCUUCCUUUGGAAACAUCUCCUAGCUCCACUCCUUCAAGGGGUGUGGGUGAGACCCCAGCACUGUGAUGGCUGACCUGGACUAGAAAGAAUGACAGACUGCUGGGUCAGAUGAGGCAUCAAACAGCAGUUUCCAGACCAGCAGGCAGUGAUGGACCAGAGGCUGAAGCUUGUGUAGCCACUCCUGGCCAGAAUAUACACAACUUUACCCUGAGAUCAGAGGUCUGUCUUGAUCCAGCUGGCUACAAGUUGCAGAACCUUCAGGACAUCUACUGGCAUCAAGAGACUCAGUCUUCUUAUAUCCUGACAGAUCCAGGGAAUCCAGCCCCAGUAGGGUUGGACUCCAACACCCAAAGUCGGGGGCAGAGAGGGGAAAGAAGACAGACAUCUAGCACUGGCUCCUCCGGCAACAAAGAUUCUGGAGUUUUCCCCUCCUAGACCCUUAUGCCACCUAUAGCACAUGUUGACAUCUGUUUGGGAGGAGCCACGGUUCUAGGAGUAUUUGAUGCACUAGCUCCUGUCUGUGAUUUCCCUAAAGAAGAUGUCUAUUUAUAGCCUUUCUCCCCAAUAUUGAUGACCCUUCCUUAUCUGUAAAAUCCUGGGAAAUGCCCAGGCAUGGAGGCUGAUCCUAUCACCCCCCCCCUCCCCUAUGGCUAUGUCUCUCUCAUACCCCAAACACCAGGACUUGAAUCACAGGGAGGCUUACUGGUGAGACUGGCUGCUCAGUGAUCAGUUUCUACCCCACCCCAUCCAUUUAUUUAUUUCCCCCUCCUCAGGCCACAUCUUCCCUGUUUGUCUCAUUAAUACUAGGGAUUUAGUUCCUCUUAGCUUCUUCCUCCCAACUCCCAAGUUUCUCCUCCCAGAGACCCUCCUGAUCAGUCUCUGAACAAGUGUGACCCACCAAUGGAGGUAUUUCCCUUUCUAAUAGGACUCCCUGAGCUCCCCCAGGGAAUCAAAUGAAUUCAGUUUACACAGAGCUUUGCAGAGAUCAGCUCUGCUCUGAGGUCUUAGGUUUAUAGCAUCUUUUUUUUUUUUUUUUUUUUUUACUAAGGCAAUUGGGGUUAAGUGACUUGCCCAGGGUCACACAGCUAGUAAGUGUUAAGUGUCUGAGGCCGGAUUUGAACUCAGGUACUCCUGAAUCCAGGGCCAGUGCUCUAUCCACUGCGCCAUCUAGCUGCCCCGGUUUAUAGCAUCUUACUGGCUGCAAAAGUCCCAUUUUGGGGUGGUUACAGGUUCUCUGCAUUACAGUACAUAUGUGAUGGGGAGGCUAUUAGUUUAGAAUUUGGUCUAGGCCUUGGGCACAGCUGCUGAUGCCUUCGGGGGCUGGUGGAACAGUAGGACCUUUUCAGUCACUGGCAGUGAUCCUAGAGCAUGAUGAUGCCAUCUAGGAACUGGGCUGGGCAGUACAAGGUUGGGUUACAACACAUCACAGAACUGGAAUUGCGUCUGCUCAGCUGGGAAAUGCAGUGAGAAGGAGAAGAGGUAGAACUAGUUAGCUAUCCUCCCCAGUCUAAGUCCUGCUUAUUCCACUCUUGUCUUCCUAUUCUACACCCCUUUAGAAAAAUCUCAGGAACAGAAGAGCCAGGGGCUUUACAUCCAGCCCCUCCCCCAUCAGAUCUAUUCCACAGCCCAAGCUAGACAAUGGUGUAGUAGGGAUGGGGAGAAACCCAGCUUUGGCACACCGUAUCUAGGCAGAUCCUAUCCUUUUUCUCAACAAUAUGCCCAGUUCUGUGCUAGGCAGUGAAAACUGCUGUCCUCCCUUCAAGGUGUCAGAGGAGAUCAUCUGUCAACCCUAGGGAAAAAAAUUAAGAGGGGAAUUUAAGAUCCCUAGAAGUAGAAGGGGAACUGUUCCCUGCUCCCCAACUUACCCUGAAGCAUUUCCUCAAAUCCUAACCCCAACCCUGACUUAUCCCUGGUAAAUGAGCCCUUGAAAAUGCAAUAACAUUGGCAUAGAAUUUUGAGAUAUAAGGUCAUCUAAUUUAACCCCCUCAUUUUACAGUUGAGAAAAUGGAACCCCAGAGAUGUUAAGUGAUUUGCCCAUGGCCACAUCAUUAAUAAAUGGCAGAGCCAGGAUUUGAACCCAGGCCCUCUGACUCCAAAUCCAGCACUCUUUCCACUCACUGCACAAUGUUGGUUCCUGUUGUCCCUGGAGCAAUAUAUGAACCUGAGCAUCUCCCUCUUCCCCUGCCCAGCCACUGUGCCAUGUACACUUGUUGGUUCUCUUUGUCUCUGUUUUUGUCUCUGUUUCUGUCUCUGUCUCAUUUUUUAUAAACUUGAUGUAAAGAUAUGAAAUAAAACCUGGUUCUUAA